CCCCCCCCACAGAGAUUUGCUCCAUUUGCAAGGGCAGAAACCAUGUUUCUCUAGAGAUUUACUUUGAGAUCUCAGCUCUUGUGGUGUUUUUUAUCCUCCUUCUCUGAAGAGGGGAAAAGGAGAGAAGAAGUGAGAAAGUUUCAGAAGAAAUAAACAAAAGGAAAAAAAACGAAUCUUGAUGCUGAAUCUGUGGUUAUUGAUGUUUGAGAUUCAUGUCUCCAAUUCUGAGUGAAAUCCUCCUCUCCGGGUUUAUGAUAAACUCCACAAUCAGGCGCAGGACCCAUCUUGUUCAAUCCUUCUCUGUCGUCUUCCUCUACUGGCUCUACUAUGUCUCAUGAUUUCUGAAACACCCUCCCUCUAAAUCUCCCAUUAAAAAAAAACCCUAGUAAUAAAAAUUUCUGAAUAACUAAGCGUUUCUCCUUGUUCUGCUACAUCUUAGAUUUCGUUUUUCUUCGACUUUCUCAUCUGGGUCCUGCUGGAUCCCCCUGAAAACGCACAAAAAUCUCUCCUUUACCCGUUUGGAUCCACAAAGUUGCAACCUUUUUCGUCUCUCUGUGUGUGAUUGAUUAAUGGAGUCGUCGUCGUCGAUAUCGUCGGAGGAGAACAACAAUCUGCAGGCGGUGAUGGAGCAGAGGAAGAGAAAGAGGAUGAUAUCGAACAGAGAAUCCGCGAGGAGGUCGAGGAUGAGGAAGCAGAAGCUCAUGGAUGAUCUGACGGCUCAGGUUGCUCAGCUGAGGAAGGAGAACCACCAGAUCGUGACAAGUGUCAGCAUCACAACUCAGCAUUACCUCACCGUCGAGGCUGAGAACUCUGUUCUCAGAGCUCAAAUCGAUGAGCUCAGACACAGAUUGGAUUCUCUCAACGACAUCAUCGCGUUCUCCAGCGGCAACUACAAUGGCUUCUCUGGCAUGUGUUCUAACGUUUCUGAUCGCUUAGAGGUUGAUGAUUUGUUCGUGAAUCAGAUAAACACGAGCAUGAACAUGAACAUGUUUUACCUGAAUCAGCCUCUCACGGCUUCUGCUGAUGCGUUACAGUACUGAGAUUUGUAGAUCAAAAGUUCUCUAAUCCCCAAAAUGGGCCGCCGUUUUUUAGAGAAAGAUGACAGAAUGUGUGUUUUUUCUUCUUGUUUUAGGUUUUUUGUUUGUUUGUUUAAUUUCAUUGCAAAUUGGAAGCCGGGAAUCUAAUCUUUGUUAGCCGUGUUGAAAUAAAGGCUAUGUUGUAGUAUAAAGGGUAUUUACGUAAUUGUGUACUCGUUUUAUGUUUCAAGAUAUCUAAUUAUCUA